CGCGAGUUUAUGCGUGGAUAAACCUAUAUGUUAGUGGAGUGAACCAAGCACGAGUUAACGGUUAAAGUUGUAACUUUAAAUAGCUGAAAAUGAAAUUAAAUACGUGACAGUGCGAGUUUUGGGAAGAAUAUAUUCAUUUUGUUGGUUUCCUGUAGGUAAAAUAAAUAAAAACGUCAGACCUACGUUAGCGUCUGUUAAUCAGUACCUCGUGAUUUAGAACUGUUACUAAAGUCGAAUACUUAAUUUUGUUUGCUUCCUCAAAUGACCUUUGGUAGACUUUCAGCCAAAGAUGGUGUAACACAGGCAGGAGCCUGAACGUUAUUUUGUUGUCCAAGCUAAAGAUGAGGGGAAACUUUAAGAUAUUUUGUCUCAGUGGGCUUCUUAUUGUUUUCUCAUAUAACACAGCUGGUCAAACAUGCAGGGGACGCUGUGGAGAUGUACUGGAGAAGUGCUCCUGCCAUGCCACCUGUAUGUCUUUGAUGAGCUGCUGUGCAGACUACAAUCAGUCCUGUUUCCAGGUGAUGCCUUAUUCCAGCUCCAUGCUGGGCGGAAAAGCGCUCAGGAUCCUCGGAUUGGACCUUCAUCCCCAUGGGCAGCUUCUCUGCAGGUUUAAAGGUGAAAUUUUACGUGAUGGAUUUAUUGAUGCUGAUGGCCGUGCAUACUGUAUUUCUCCUCUGUUGUAUGAGACGGGUUGGAUACCAUUUGAUGUCUCAACAGAUGGCAUUAAGUUUGACAGAUCUGCACAGUAUUUCUCAGUCCAUCCAAGUAAAGCAGAUCCUGCUUAUAAAGUUACCCUGGUGAAUGCAACGCAGUGGCAAUACUACGGCACGCCGAAUGUGGCAGGACGACUUGAGUUCACUUGGAAUAGUUCUUUGAUCAGCGCAGAGAAGGUCAACAUAGAGCUGUGUCUGAAGUGGGAUGUCCUGGAGGAAAACCUGCCAAACUUCCUGAAUGAACUCAUCGACUGUCCUUGCACACUGGCUCAGGCCCGAGCAGAUACAGGCAGGUUUCAUACUGAUUAUAGUUGUGACAUUGAGAGGGGGAGUGUGUGCACUUACCACCCAGGUUGUGUCCACUGUGUCCGAGCAAUUCAUGCCAGUCCUAUCCAUGGAUCAGGGCAGCAGUGCUGCUAUGACAGCACAGGUGCUCUGGUGCUGACUGGAGACUCAGUUGGUGGAAGCACCCCAGACAGGGCUCACGACUGGGGCUCGCCACCCUACAUUAAACCCCCACGGGUGCCAGGGUAUUCCCACUGGCUUUAUGAUGUCAUGAGCUUCUAUUAUUGCUGCUUGUGGUCCCCACACUGCCAUAUAUACUUAAAACGUCGACCUUCAAGUGGGUGUCAAAACUACCGACCACCAAGAGCAGGUGUCGUCCUCGGGGAUCCACAUUUCAUAACGUUCGACGGCCUCAGGUACACUUUCAAUGGCAAAGGAGAAUAUUACCUUGUGUCGUCACCAGCAAAAGGCCUGAGUGUUCAGGCCAGAACAGAACAGGUGAAACUUAAGAACGGUGAGUCCACGUUUGAGGUGAAUGGCCUGUCUGAAUCCACUCGAGUGUAUGUGUUCAGCCCCAGUCCUGGGAAGGUGACUGUAAUCUUUUCCUCCGGUGUCGGCGUGGAGGUUCGUCUGUAUGAAGGAACCAUGGCAGUGACCGUGCUGCUUCCUGGAGAGUUUUACAACCACACCCAGGGUCUCUUUGGCUCAAUGAACUCUGACCCAUCAGAUGAUCUGACCACCCAACUCGGAGAAGUCAUCUCCUCAGCUGAUGCCACGUUGGAAGAAAUCUUUACCUUUGGAGCCAGCUGGAACAUUUCAAAGAAUUCCUCCCUUUUCACAUAUGAUUCAGAGCACCUUUUGGAUACGUAUAAUAUCCCACCGAGCCAUGACCCCACUUUUGUUCCAGCUUUUACUCUACCCGAGAGCCUUGAUGACCCUUUGGUGGCAGACAUGUUGACGAUGUGUUAUGGAGAAGGUUCACAGUUUUGUAAAUAUGAUACCCUGACGACUCGGGACCUCACAGUGGGAAAUGCCACACUCAAGGCCUACCAGAAACACCAAGCCCUACUGCACGCCCUGAAACCAGUGGUUUCUUGUGGCUGGCUUCCCACGCCAAGGAAUGGGAGGAAGAAUGGGACUGAUUACCUGGAGGUGAGCACUCUAAGCUUCGCCUGCAACAAAGGCUACAUAAUGUAUGGAUCUGCAGAGCGCACCUGUCUGAGUGAUGGGACCUGGACAGGAGAUCAGCCCUUCUGUAUUACAGACGAUGAAGUGGGCUUUGUUCUCGGUGCUGUCGGUUCCCUCUUAGCACUCGUCACUGUGGGAAUAAUAAUCAGUCUACAAAACAGGAAACAAAAAAGCGAAAGGAAAGACAAACCAAUCCAGAUGGUGAACCAACAGCAGCCUUGCUAAACUCUCAAAGUCCUUUUGAAUUAUGGAUCAACCAUAUCAGCAAUGGCCACAAAUAUGUUCAGAGCUGAGCAUUUGGAAACCAACACACACAGUUGCACUACAGAAUAGGACGGCGCUCUUCUCUUGACCUGUUGACCUUAUCAAGAAAACCUCAGGCGUUAGGCUUUCAGUCUGUUGUUUGGCCUCGUGUUUUUCUUCUUGUUUAGGUUGGAAAACCUCCAGGUUGUGGUAAAUGGUGCAUGGGGUGACGAUUGAGGGAACUGAAGAAAAGGAAAAAUGCCAUGAUUGUUUUUAUAUCCCAGUUUUGCAUGACUGAACGCCCGAUUUUUGCUAGAGAGAGAGAACUGUGUAAAUACUACAUGGACCUAUCAUCAUUACAAUCAACACUCCCUUCUCCCGUUCAGUUUAAAAUAGGACCAGAUGUGUUCAGACUCAUGUCAAAUGUGAAGUGAACCUGACCAGUUUUUGGUUGAAAAACUUUGAACUCUGUUCAGCCUACGUGUGAGUUCGUAGCCUUCAGUCAAACGAAGGGCUUUGCUGAGUGACUGAGCCAGAGAAAUCCGCAAAUGUUACAUAAAGGUCAACUUUUUGCACUCUGUCAACACUUGCUUUCUGAAUCUUUGUGUACACGGAAGACGUUUGCCUUCAAUGCUUUAAGAAGCUCUGUGAAUUGUGGUUGAUGUUUUUGAAAUGUUGCCUUUAAACUAAACUAAACCUUACCAUAUUUGAACCGUAAACUGAAAAUAAUGCAAAGAGAGAAGCUUAUUUUUAUGGCAAAUCCUUUACUGUGAACUUCUCCCACUGGAAAUCUUUGAACAACAUUAUAUAUCUGUAUUUGAAAACAAUGAUCGAGUAUCUAU